AUGGCGGGCCUGUUCAAGAAUAUGUUUGGUGGCUCCCAGCCAUCGGGUGCAGCCAAGGUCGAGGAUGACUUUGCGGAAUUUGUCAAUGCGCCUGAUCCAUCUCCAGCUUCCAUUGUCGCCGCGUCCUCGUCAUCUACUCCUGGGUUUAAUGCCCAGGGCACCGGCGUUCCGUACACAAAAUGGUAUCGAGUAUGGGAGCGGACAUCGCCCAAGGACUUUAUCCAGGAAGCUAUGGUCAUGCCAUUGAUUCUUCUGAUUGUCGUAUUCCACCUCUGGGGCACACGUAAGAACCGACGCAAGGCCAGGGAGUGGGCCCAGGCUCACGCGCCCGCUCUCCAGAGCGAGUUCGCAGUCGUGGGAUUUGGUGGAAUCCCCAAAUCGGAGGAUAUUUCUUCGGAACUGGUCUCGCCGGACACCUUGUUAAAGGAGAAGUCAGCCCAGGAAUUUACCUCCUACGCAACCGGUAGACAGAACGUGGCCUUCGUUGACAUCUCGAUCAAGUUGCCCAAGCGAUACAAUCCCGUUAUCUACUGGACAGACCAAGUCUUCAGCUUUCUGUUCGAGAGCUGGACGGCCCCAACUGAGACCUAUGAGGCUAUUGCGUACACUUUCGACGGCAAGGAAAAGGACGUGGUGCCCGUCCCAGCUCAGGAUACCUCCUCUUUGAAAGUGAACAACUCCGCUUAUGAUGGCUUUAUCUGGGCCGCUGUACACAAGAACCACAUGCGCCAGUUCCGCCAGGAUCGCUACGAUGCCUCCAUGACUUUCACCAAGGAUAACGCAAAACUUCCCCAGUGGGUGACUGUGAUGACCGAAAGCGCCGAGAUUACCGAUGCUCUUCUCACCCCGGAACUGAUUCAAGCCAUUGAGAAGGCGGGUGAUGACUUCAAGUACCUGAUUAUUACUGACCAGCCUAUUGAUAAACCUACUAGGAUCGAGGAAACCACCCCUAGAAAGCGCAUUCAUGUCUGUGUAUCUCUUCCUUCCUCUUCCUCUAGAUAUGCCUCUACCAUGCCUCUGUUUACCCAGUUCCUUCGUUUGGCCGAUAAGCUUGUGGGAGCGGCUCAUUUCCGUGCCGAGGUGAUGCGGAAGAUCAGAAACACUCGCGAGGAGGAAAUCAAGAAGCUCCGUCGCGCCGACGAGGAGGAGAAGGCAGAGGAGCGUAAGCUGGCGGCGGAGAAAAUCAAGAAGGAGGAGCGGGAGCGCCUGCUACGGAGUAUGAGCGCUGACGAGCAGCGGAAGUACCUCGAACGCGAGCGUGAGAAAGGACAGCGUCGUUCUAUGAAGAAAUACUCAAAGAGAGGAUAA